AUGGGAAAGAGAGUGCGCCAUUUCGUCGGAGUCGAGAGCUCCGAGCAGCUGGCUUUUAUCGAUGAGUUGCAGGCGCUUGGGCUCAGCAACACAAUUAAGCUUCCUGAGCUCGUCGUAGUGGGCGAUCAAAAUACCGGCAAGAGUUCCGUGCUCCAGGCCAUUACCGAGGUCUCGUUCCCCGUCAAAGAUACAAUGUGUACACGCUUUCCGAUCCAAAUUUCCUUCCGGCAAACCUCCACUACGAAGGAAUUCCCCGUCAAGGCUACUGUCGUUCCCGGGCCACUGUCGAAGGAAGAUGACGAUCUCCGCGCUCGGGUACAAGACUUCGCGAUCGAGAAGAAGGAAUUGACUUCAGAGGCCAUGGGGGAGAUUAUAGACAAGGCAACGGAAUGUAUUUUCGGCGAGCAGAAGUCAACGAAGCACUUGACGCUCAGUGACGCGACCCUCCGAAUCGAGAGAUCGGGGCCGGAUGAGAUGCACUGGACGAUUGUCGACCUGCCAGGACUCAUACGGGGAGGAAAGUCGGGUAAAGGUGAAAAAGCAUCGGAAAACUCCAGCAAUACAUUGAACGCAGAACCACCUGGCCAGAACAACGCGACAGUGGCAGAACAGCUGGCUCGCACUUAUCUGGAUAAUGAACGAAAUAUCAUCUUGGUUGUCGUGGACGAUGUGGAUGUGGAGCGACACAAGACUUUUGAAAUAAUAGAAACGAUACCAGGUUUGCAAGCUCGAUGCAUUGGUGUUCUCACCAAUUGUGAUAGGAAGCAGGAAGGAUCCGACCAAUGGAUGGUAAAACUACUCCAAAACGACUUACCUACAGUUCCGCACCUGGACCAUGGUUGGUUCGGACUGCGAAACAGGAUGCCCAAGGAGAGGGACGUCUCUGAUGCAGAGCGUGAUGAUCUCGAGACCCAAGAAUUUGCGAAACCAGCCUGGGAAAGCAUAUCGAAAGAUAGAACGGGAAUCCGAUCGUUGAUGAACUAUAUCGACAAGGAGCGACGAGCUCAAAUUCAAAAGGAGAUACCCCACAUUAUAGCGGAGAUACGUCAACUUUUCGGUGAGUGCGAAGCGCAUUUAAAGAGAAUGGGAGAGGCUAGGGAUAGCCCACGAGCGCAGCGGUUCUUUGUCCUACAAUUCUGCAAUGAGAUGCAGCGUAUGGCCGAAGGGACUUUAAGGGGGCAAUAUCAAGACAUUCCCUCAAAGGAUCCGAGGGUUAUGCUUCGUUACAAAGUCCAACGUCGUUUGGACCAAUUCACCUAUGAUAUCGUUCAUAGCGACAAAAUGAUGCUCCCUUUUGGGAACUACAAAGUUGAACUAGAGUUCCUCAGAUCCCACAGCUCCGAUCCUGAACAGUGGGAGGAGUUUGUCAAAGGGGGCAAAGGAAUAUACAAGGAGAUCUAUGAAGAAGCGAAAAUAUGUGAAGGCCGGAACCUGCCAGGAGCGGUCCAUCCCGACGUAGAAGAGAAAAUCUUUCGCAAGCAGUCAGCGCAUUGGGAAAGAAUUGCUCGCGAGUUCGUCGAGGAUGUCAAAGACUUUGUCAAGGAAUGCCACGACGUUCUCCUGAAGCUAGCAAUAGAGAACAGCAAAGUGCGACUGGAAGUGAGCCGUAUCGUUGAGAAAACGCUAGAGGAGUGGAACAAAGAUACGGACAAGGCACUCCAGGAAUUGAUUGAGGAUAAUCAAGCUCGCCCGUUGAUUACUCGAAAUCCGUUUCUACAGUCUGAAACCAGCAUGACCGAUCGGCAGCGAGGCGAAAUCCUACUCGGAAAGAAGACAGCGAAAAAUGGUGCGUCCAAGGACGUAUUGAACAACAGGGCCGACGGGGCUCGAAGUGAGGAAGAUAAAGAACCCCAAUUUAUGUCUACAUUUUUGAACCAGAUACUUUUCGUCCGCGCAAGACUACAGUCAUAUUAUAACAUUGCCAUCUACCGGUUCAUUGACAAUGUCGCAAUGCAGGUCAUCGAGCGACAUGUGCUUGGGCCCAAAUGUCCGAUGCGCACUGUCUCCGCCGAGACAUUGGGUCAGCUCGAAGACGAAGAAUUGAACACUGUUGCCGGUGAAGAUGAAGGCGAGAACCGUAUGCGAGCGAGACUGGAGAGAUCCCGAGCUCGUUACCACAAAGCACUUCAGCGAUGGGAAAGGUUGAGGGUUCUUUAA